AUGACCGCAGCAUUUGUGCUUCUCACAAUUUUCAUAUACACUGCAGUUCGAAUAUUGCAUUUGGAGACAAAAUUAGCAUUCAACCAGGCGAGCACACCAACAUCAAAGGAGUCGCCCUCACAGUCGUCAGCACAUGCGGGGCAAAAGCUGGAUUCGAGCUCGACCUUGGCGUCGGAGCCAACGACAGUAAACGACGUACACGCCACAUCAAGACCGUCGGAAGAGCUGCAAGACGACUGGGGAGGUGCUGCCGCAAUACAAGGGGGCCACAGGGCCAAGGACGUGCCCAGCUCAGAAAGACAUCCCAUCCAGCACCUCAUGGUGGACGCAAGACGAGAACUGGACGAGGUGACGAAGCGGCAAUCCAAGGACCUCGAAAGCGCGGUCAAGGAGUACCGUCGGCGCUAUGGGAUGCCGCCGCCUCCCCACUUCGACAAAUGGUUCGAAUUUGCAAGGUCUAACAAAGUCCAGCUCGUGGACGAAUUUGACACGAUAUACCACCUCAUCACUCCAUUCUGGGGACUGAAACCGAAAACGAUUCGAGAAAGAGCAAGAGAAGCACUGGGCCAUGAAAACGCGCUCAUUGGCGUCGCCAUACGCAACCACCAGGUCUCGCACAUGGAGGGCGGCAUGGAGUGGCAGCGCGAUGCCACGCACGGCAUGCUUCGAGGGUUCCUGCAGCACUUGCCCGACAUGGAUCUCGCGUUCAACGUUCACGACGAGCCAAGAGUCAUCGUGCCCCAUGACGAUCUGGCGAGGCUCGUGAGGAAGGCCAAGACGGAGAAUAUGCCGGCGUUGAACGCCAACAGGAGCCCCACGAACGACUAUUCCAAGACAUCCCCCGAGCUGAGCGACAAGAUGCUAUUCGAGCAAGUCAAGCACUCGAGGUUCAACUCGUUCAGCCACCAAGCAACGUGGACUCACUCGAGGAUGUCGUGCCCCCCCGACAGCCCUGCCAGGAUUCUAGACGACGACGAGCGAUGGGACGACCUGGGCCAAUACGGCGUCAGCGAGCUCGGCUUCGUGUACAACUCGACUGCCAUGGCGGACAUUUGCCUCAGUCCCUCGCUCAGCUCGACGUAUGGCUUCUUCGACCGGCCAAACACGUACAAGGUGGUGCACGACCUGUUCCCCAUCUUCUCGCAGUCCAAGAUCUCCUCGUACAACGACAUCAUCUACCCUUCCCCGUGGUAUUGGUACGACAAGGUCAAGUACGAGCAGGAGAAGGACAUUGCCUGGGACGAAAAGCACAGCAAGCUGUACUGGCGGGGCUCCACGACGGGCGGUUUCAGCCGUGACGGCGGUUGGAGAAGGCAGCACCGUCAACACUUUGUCAAGAAGAUCAACGCCGCCGGACAGGCAAAGAUUGUCAACAACGAGGGGAGCGAGAGCCAACCAAGGUGGGCGGUGGCCGACGUCUCCCGUGCCGAGUACAGCGCCCUCACGGACGUUGCCUUCUCCCACGUUGGCCAGUGCGACGAGGGGGACUGCAAGGCGCAACAGGCCUUUUUCAACAUCUCGUCUCGUGCGAACCAGAGCGACGCCUGGGGAUACAAGUACCUCCUGGAUAUCGAUGGCAACGCCUUCUCGGGCCGGUUCCUAGCGUUUCUGCACAGCACGAGUCUGACGUUCAAGCUCGCCUUGUUCCGGGAAUGGCACAAUGAAUGGCUCAAGCCGUGGGUUCAUUACGUGCCGCUGAGUUUGCAGGGCGAGGACUGGCUCGAGACGGUGCGCUUCGUUGACGGGAGCAGUCUGGGAGCAGAGGACGGCAAGCACAUGGCCGCGGAGAGUCGGGAGUGGGCGGCAAAGACGAUGAGGAAGGAGGACAUGGAGGUUUGGUUUUUCAGGCUGCUGCUCGAGUGA